AUGGGCAACAAGCAGAGCAACUUCCGCUGCGACCCCCUGUCGGAGGUCGUCGACCCCCACCCCCCGGAGCGCGGCCCCGAGCGCUACUACGCCUCCCCGAUCUUCACAGCGAUCGCCCGGUCCUUCUCGGACCAGAGCGCCGCUCUCGCUGCGGGGGGGUCCAAUCUCCCGACCCGGCACCCCCCGGUUCCGGCGACCGAGAAAGUGUUCAGGGAGGAUCCCGGCGAGGCGCCCGGGGAAAGGGCCCGGUUCCUCCCCGGGCUGUCGGACAACCCCGGGGAACAAGACAGUAGCGCGGCCGCGAGUAACAUAGUGGGCGGGGCGGGAGACAGGCUGCUGUUCCCAACGGACAAACACAUCCAAGAGCACGAAGAGCCGAGAAAGAGAAGUAAGUACAGCGCAAAAGAAAGACGAGAGCCUGACAAAUAG